CGUGAGAGGGUUCUCCACCAUGCGAGGCAGAAUAUUAAUCUUUGCCGAGACCUUGCAUAAAUAGUCCUUCAGCCGGCACCUGUUGCUCUGUUUCCUCCCGGGCCCCGACCUUUCCACCUGGCUUUUGCCUUCCGCUUUGCUGCCAUUCACAGCGUUAUGCAAGCUUAAGCUAUCUUCAAUAAUUUUUCCAGGGUGGCAAGUGGAAAUGACUUCCAAACGAAGCUAGCACCUUCAACGAUUGUCCGGAGGCAGGGAGAGUCUCUUGAGGCGUUGUCACUGUGGUCAUGACAGCAGCUGCUGCUGACCGCUAUGAGCGGGGUUGCUGCAUCGGGAGAGGGUCAUUUGGCGAUGUUUACGAGGGCUUGGACACCGUGACGGGACAGCAGGUCGCGAUCAAGGUUAUCGACCUGGAUGACGUGGAGGAUGACAUCCAGGAUAUUCACAGGGAGAUCCAGGCCUUGGCCGGCUGCAAGUGCCGCAACAUCACCGAGUACUACGGCUCCGUGCUGCGGCCCGGCAGCGCCGAGCUGCACAUCAUCAUGGAGCUCAUGGCCUGUAGCGUGGCGGACCUGGUGCACCACGGGCCGCUGGACGAGGCGUCCAUAGCCUAUGUGCUGGCGCAGGUGCUGAAUGCGCUGGUGUAUCUGCACAACGAGCACCGGAUCCACCGGGACGUGAAGGCCGCCAACAUCCUGCUGUCGCGCGGCGGCGACGUGAAGAUCACGGACUUUGGCGUGAGCGGCCAGCUGAGCGGCACGCUGGGCUACCGGCGGAAGACGUUUGUGGGCACGCCCUUCUGGAUGGCGCCCGAGGUGAUUGACACGAGCGAGGAGGGCUACAGCGAGAAGGCGGACGUGUGGAGCCUGGGCAUCACCGCCAUAGAGAUGGCCACGGGCUCGCCGCCGCACUCCUCGCUGCACCCCAUGCGAGUGCUGUUCCUCAUCCCCAAGGGCCCGCCGCCGGCCCUGGAGGGCGACGCCUUCUCGCCCGAGCUCAAGGACUUUGUGGCCACCUGCCUCAGGAAGGACCCCGCGGCUCGGCCGGCGGCGCGGGACCUGCUGGCGCACCCCUUUGUGGCCGCCGCCACCCAGGCGCCCGAGCACCUGCCGGCCAUGGUGGCGGAGCUGGCCCGGCACAAGAAGCCACUGUCCUCCCGCCGCGACGCCGACGAGGCGCUCAUCGCCGCCGGCGGCACCAUGCCCGCAUGGGACUUCGGCACCGCGGGCGCCGCCGCCGCAGCGCGCGGCAAGGCGGCCGCCGCUGCCGCGGCGGCGGUGGCGGCUGCGCCGCCGGCGGGCACGGUCCGCGCCAUGGCCGCGGCGAUCAGCGCCGCCAGCUCGGGCGGGACCAUCCGCGGCGGCGCGGGGGCGGAGGCGCUACGGGAGACGCUGCGCGCCUCCGGCUCGGCGGCGGCGGGCGCGGCGGCGGCGCGUGUGGAGACCAUCAGCCGUACGGCGGGCGUGGCGCUGAAGGAAGCCCUGGCGGCGGCGAACGGCAGCGGCAGUGCCGGCGGGAGCGGCGGCGGCAGCGCGCCCAGCACCGGCACGCUGCGCCACACCAACGGCAGCGCGGCUGGGCCCAUGCCGCCGGCAGUACCCGGGCAGUACGACAGCCUGGUGCUGCCGGCGCCGCCGGCUUCGUUGCCGCCGGCGUCAGCCGGCGGCGCGCCGGCGCUGUUCAUGUCAGGCAACGGCGGCGGCGGCGCAGUGGGAGCCGUGAGCUCGCCGCCGCGGGGGCUGCCGCGGGGUGCGCCCCCGCCGGCUGCAAAGUUCGCCACGAUGUCGACGGCGGAGGCUCGGAUGUACCGGGACCUGAUGGGCCGGGGCGCCGGCGCCGGCGCUGGCGCCACCAACACCUCUUCCGUGGGCGUCAGCAGCGGCAGCGUGGGCGGUGGAGGCGGCGCGGGCGGCGCGGCAGGCACGUCGAUGGGCGGCGACGGGCACAGCGGCACGGUGGUGGCGGCGGGCCUGGCGCGGAAUAGCCUGUCGGUGGGCACGGGCGCGACGGUGGGGCCGGCGGCGAGCAAGGCGGCGAACAGGUAUGCGGCGGCGCCGGCCUUCUCCAUCAGCUCCGACGACAGCAGCCAGCAGCAGCAGCCGAGCCUGCCGGGCGCGGAGGGCAGCGGCGGCGGCUCCGUCACCUCGCCCUCCGCAGCAGCGGCUGCCGCGACCGCCUCCGCCGGAGCCCUGGCCGACGGCUACGGUACUGUGCAGUCGCGGCCGGCGGGGGCGGGCGCGGGUGCGGGUGCGGGCGCUGGCAGCGACAGCGCUUCCGCCUCCGCGGCGCCGUCUGGCUCGUUGCGGUCAACCAGCGCUACGACCACCACCACCAGCGGCAACGGCGCGGGCGCGGCGGGGCCGUCGGCAUACGGUACCGUGCAGUCCCGGAAACAGGUGGAGGCAGGGCCAUCCAGCGGCGCGCCCAGCGGUUCUGCCGGCGCGGCCGCCGCUCACACGGGCACGUUGCUGCUUGACAGCUCCGCUCUGGCGGGGCUGGUGGCGCGGGAGGGCAGCCCGGCGGAGAGCGGCGCGGUGCUGAGCCGGCUGCUGGGCCCUUGCGCGCGCUCCGCCUUCAACAGCGCGGACAAGGCCAGCCAGGCGGCGCUGGCAGGCGUGCUGAGCGGGCUGGGGCAGCUGGAGAAGAUGAUGCCGGGCGCCAGCUACCGGCUGGUCCAGGAGCUGUUGGUGCGCCUCAGCUGCAGCGCCGAGCCCACACUGGAGCCGCUGCGGGCCUCAGCCAUCGGCCUCUACGCCACCGCCGCAUCCGCCUCCGCCCCGGCCUCCGCCGCUGCCACAGCGGUCCGCGGGGAGGGCGCCGCUGCGCAGCCGCCGGCGGCGCCGGCCGCCGCCGGCGCGGCGUUGGGCGGUGUGCCGCGGGCGGUGCCGGACUUGGGGCCUCUGGGCGAGUUCCUGCUGGGGCGCUGGCGCGAGGAGGAGGCGCACGAGGUGGCGCUGCUGGCGCGGAGCCAGACCGCAGGGGCGGCGGCCGCGGCGGGGCUGGGCAUGGGCGCGCCGUCUGGGACUGGUGGCAGCGUACGGCGGUGACAGUGGCAGCGGCAGCGGUCGUGAUGACGAUGGUGCAGGAGCUCUGUAGCUCUGUAGCGGCUUUGGACUACAGCCUGCGCCUGCGGAGCUGCGGCUGGAAGACGAGCAGGGCCGGCGGGUUGUGUGGAGCGAAGGGGCGCGCGUGCAGGUCUGAAUGCGAAUUUUGUAUGCGGGAUGAGGACCGAAACGGCGACCCCGGCACGGCUGUGUGGUGCAGCAGCCAUAGGCGUGGAAGCGGAGGCGUGAGGAGAUGAUGCGUUGUUCCGGCGCUGGCGCUGUGCUGCGGCGCUGGCGUGGCGUCGCUGUGCAGCUCGCGCGCGGAGGUGCUGGCAGCUGCAGUAGUGGUCUGAAUUACAUUGUAUGCGGCGAUGGCGGAGUGCAGGCAAGGCCGCCUUAAUGGACUUGCGCGAUUGACGGUGACAGUGCUCGGUGGCGGGGUAUACAGAAGGAUAGGCCCCGCAGGCUACAUGGUUGGGUUAACAGCGGCAGGCGAGGUGGCUGGGCCUAGCCGGCCUGACGGUGACUUGCUGACUUGGUGCGGGUGAGGCCGAGGCCGCCGCGGUGGGUGGACGUAAUGGCUCAGUCGGGGCAGGAGCCGCCGCAGGGCACUCAGCUGAGACAAGGGCGGCGGCGGCAGCCGUAGUGUGAAUGGACGUGACCGUGUGUCAGGGACUGAUCUUUAGUGUGUUGCAACGGCCGCGUCUGAGCUGAGAUUUAGGAGACGGCAUAAGCAUUUAGAGAUAACUGGCUUUGCCUUCACGCUUUUUCGCGCGCUUAAUAGUCGCCUGGUGGCCUAGCGGCAUUCACCGCAUAUCGGUAGUGCAGGGCUCGGCAAUUUUAGCGCUUGCAGCACAGAAGCGUGUGUGUGCACUACAUGUGCCCUGCGCUGGUAGCAGACGUGGUGAGAGCAGGCGGCAGCCGGCAGGGGGUUCCUUUUUUGUGCAGCAGUGCGUUGCGGGUCACGCAUGGCGAGUGGCGUACGCGGUCGCCCGACGUAUUCUGCACACCUUCCAUUGCUGGUCGCUCGGCAGGCGGGUGACUGGGACCGCAGCCUUAGGGACAUUCAUAUGGCGCCGGGACUCUUGCGCAUGAUCUCCGUCGCAUGGGCGGUGCAGGCGCCGGUCAGGGUGGCUCGUCCAACAUACGUGGAGAGUGACAUUCUACGUUGUUCACAUAACCUGCUGAUUUCAGGUCAGGGUGGCUAGCGUGUGGUUGUGGUGGUGCUGGUGUGUGGCAUGACACGCAGUGCUGGCUGUAGGGAUAUAGGGCGCACGUUAGGGGCAGGGCGAACCUGCAUGCGUUGCCGCAACUGCAUUAGGCGCUGUCGCCAAUGCCCAACAUGUAUCGUAUGUAGCAUUUG